CAUGUAGAUCUAUCUAUAAAUCCAGAAAAAAAGUUAGUAGCCACCUACACCCAAGGCCACUGGUGAGUGUGUGAAAGGGAAAGGAAUGAGGAAGUGUAUGGCAGGAAAUCGGGCAGUGUGCCAAGACUGCCCACUGACCAAUCAGCUGCGAGGAAGUGAGGCUUGUGCUGGGCUUUUGACCAAUCAGAUGAGAGGGAUGCCACUCAGUGAGGCAAGGAAUGCUGACCAGCUGGUGGUUGGGGGAGGAGCUUCCAGUCACAGUGUUGUAAGGAGGAGGAAAGCAACAAUGGUGGACCAAUGCCCUGGAUUUUGGACUUACCUGGGAUUGACCUUUGCUCUCAUGACCUUUAUCUCAUGUCAACCAGUAAUUGGAAUUGAUGCUGAUAUUUUCCCUGAAAGUGGUGUCAUAGAAGUAGGGACAGACUUGAACAUCACUUGUGUCUUGAGGAAUGAGACUAGAGCUGACGGAGAAAUACUAACAUCAAAUAAUUUCACCUGGUAUAAAGACCAAGAAUUGAUUCCAUCGGAGAAUUAUCAUACAGUUAACGAUACUACCUCACUUCUUGCCAUUGUAAAUGGUAGCUUGGAGGAUACAGCUACUUAUCACUGUGCUUUGCCUUCAGACGCUGGCGAUGUUGGUGAAGCCAGGAGUUCCUUCGUUCAGGUUGGAUAUUACCCCCAGCCUGCCAAAUCACUGACAUGCUUCAGCCAUAAUUCAAAGGACUUUCAAUGUGAAUGGGAACCCGUACCUACACAUAUCGCCGACGAGACACAUGUAUUUCAAUACUAUUACCGCCGAGAAUAUAUGGAAUGUCCAGAACUGAUUUCCCCCACCAAGUGUUUCGUUGCGUACGAGCAUCACACUGGGUCAAGCCAAGAGAUUCGUGUCAGGUCAUCGAAUGCUCUUUUUCCUGAUGGAGUCUAUUCGUCAGUAAGGUUCAAUCCAGACACGGAGACUAUCCCUCUACCUCCUCGAAAUCUUAGCCUGACAUCAAGGAGUGCAACAGUUCUCCAUGCAUCCUGGGAGUUGCCAGCCACUUGGGAUCCUGAUUUUAAGUUUAUGUUGGAAUAUCGUCUCCAUUGGGCUGUCGAGUCCGACCCACAAAAUUGGCUUGGAGAGUUACGUGUUCCUACUGGUUCAUCAUAUGAUAUUCAUCAAUUAGAGCCCUACACUAAUUAUUUUGUUGAAGUGGCCGGCCGACAUAAAUAUAACUUUGAUCAAGAGUGGUCAGAUUGGACCAACCCCGAACAGUGCAGAACUGAAGAGUCUGCACCCGUUGGAGUUGUCCAGAACGUUCAAACCAUCGACUCAAAUGGGACUAAUGACUACGAGAGAAACGUUUUCAUCUCAUGGGAGUCUGUGGAAGAGGGUAAAGCGAAUGGUCUGAUCCUUGGAUACUUUAUUAAAAUCAUCCCUCAUCCUUUGCACUGUGUAGAACAACAGAUCUUCAGUGACACCCUCAACGACACACAGAUCAUUGUGGAAGGUCUGGAGAAGUUCUGUUCCUAUACUGUGGAGAUAAUUGCAUUCAACGUCAUUGGACCUGGGCCUGUCAAACAGAAAGAUAUCCCUGAUGUGACAACAAAUCCCUUGCCACCUAGUGUUGUGACGGCAGAGACGCUAUCUUACCAAUCUGUGUUGGUGAGCUGGGAUGAACCAAAACCUGCCAAGGGUUACAUCAAUAAUUACACUGUCUCCUGGAUACAGUCUAGAGGGCAAGACACAGGGCAAUCCAGGGAUGUUCCUGCUUCCAGUCUAUCUUUCGUCAUCGAUGGUCUAGAAGGCUACACCCUCUACAGUUUCAAAGUGUCCGUCACCAAUAAGAUAGGGGUCAGCGGUUGGUCUACAGACGUACAGGCUAAAACAGAAGAAUAUGUCCCAGAGGCAUCUCCGACCAACGUUACCGUCGAGCCAAUCAUCGACAACCCCACCGGUCUCCAAGUAAACUGGAUAGAUGUACCUGAAGAGGUGGCUCAUGGCCACAUACGGGGCCACCACCUUUACUAUUGUCAUGUCGCCGAGGAUAGUCUCUCGGAUCCAUCGUGUCAGCUGAAAUGUCUUGACAAGCAAGAAAGGCAGACUUUCUUGGAGACUGUUCCCAAGCCAGUGACACUGAGUGGUUUAGAUCCCUUCUCACACUAUCUCAUCUGGGUUUCUGCAUACACCAAUGUUGGAGAAGGACCAACAACCGGAUGUCCUUCGACUGGACGUACAAGUGAAGGAACACCCAAUGAACCUGUGAAUGUAACCAUCAUAGGGUCAAACGCUACAUCGAUAGGUCUGACAUGGUCACCCCCUCUGGAACAAAAUGGAAUCAUCCGCAAUUACUCAAUUUUGGUGAAGAGCAAUUCUACCUCAGAUCAACAGGAAUUCUUUUCCGGGGGAGUACAGACCUUUUUCGUGGAGGGACUUUAUGGAUAUGUCCACUAUUCCCUUCAGGUGCGAGCCUGUACGACCAAGUGUGGAGCUCCCUCUGAUGAAGUAUACCAAAAAACAAAAAUAGGAGUUCCACAACAGCCUGGAAGCCUGAUGGUCCAACCACUAUCUCACAACAAAGUCCAGUUGAGCUGGGAGCCACCUGCUCAUCCCAAUGGACCGAUAGACCACUAUCUGGUGUCCUACCACCACGUAGAACCAUCAACUCCCAGCCCUAAUGUCCAUCGACGGUCGGCACCACUGAUCACCACCACCCUGGCCAACAGCAUCAAUCACUGGCACAAGACAACAGACUUAACAAUCGACAUGGAAGUUGACUGUAACCAGGCUCCAUUCUUGUUCCAAGUUCUGGCGGUGAAUGUCAUCGAUGGACCUACACUAGUUGGAGAAGCAGCAGAGUUUGAGCUUUCUGAAUGUAUUGCACUUGAAACAACUUUGUCACCACUGAUCUGGCUGAUUCUGCCUGGGGGUGCCAUUCUUCUCUUUUCGCUGUUGACCAGUUUGUACUAUGUCCAGAGUAAGCUCGGCAAGUCUUGGCCAGACCCAGUUUACACAGACAUGGUGAAAAAUAAAAAGGACAUACAGUCGUUCCCUCGACCAAAAACAGCUGAAGGGGAAGAUUUUGACACAAUCCAUACUAGCUGUCCAUCAGACCUAGACGUAGUUGUAGUGGCUGAGGAAUAUCCGUCCCAACCGUAUCAGUGUCCCAUCCAGAGAUCCCUGACGGACCAACUGACGGACUCACUGGACAUCAAAGGCGGUGGGGGUAAGGAAGCCUAUUCGAGAACUCUAAGCACUGAUAGCGGAGUCCCACCCUCCCCACAGGAUCACAUGGACUUCUCCAGCUCGGAUGAUGUCUUUCAUGCUGAUGACUACGAUGGUGUCAUUCAGGACACCUACUCAUUUAGCAACCCCAAGGUGAUCAUCUGCCAGACAGGCUUGGGACCAAAAGGAGGGCAUUUUCCCAGGAGGUCCAUGUCUCUGAGCAGCUGUGAUGGAGGUCUUCCAGCGAUUGAAGAAGACAAACACUUGAACCCAAUUUUGGAGAAGCUUCCGGGGAAAGAGACUGCUGUCAUCGGUGAAGCUUCUGGAACUACUCUAAAAGGAUGGUCAGAUGCUGAUGAGGAAGAAGAGGCAACAGACUACAUGCGCAUCUCAAUGCUGUCUUCCCCUCUGAAGAAGCCUCAAGUUCAAGUUGAAGACAAGUCUUUGCCGCUCAGCCAUAACAAACUUGAUGGCACUGCAGAAGCACCUAUGGAUUGUAAGAUUGAACGAGUGGGAUCUGACAGUGGUUAUCGCAGCAUGGCUUCAGAUUCAGGGUAUGUCAGAAAUGACAUGGCAUAUAUGACAUUUGGAGUAAAUAAAGUAACCCUGGAGACAUCAUUCAAGUCAACACCUGAUGACGACUAUGUUCCUGGUCCAAUUAACUACUCAGUUCUGGCAAUUUCGCAAGCAGGACAGCAGCAUGAUCAUUCUUUAGAACAGUCUUUGACAAGUGACCAUGUGAGCGAGGAGAAUCUUUCAUAUUCAAAAUUGGGUAUGGCUUCAAAUAAUGUUGGCAAAGGGAGUGACACUCUACCUUUAGGUGGGCAACUCUCUUCUCCACCAGGUGAUCAGAAAGACAUCAUAGGUUACGUCAAGCUAGGAGAAAACUCAACUGAUGACAAACACCACAAUGAUGCAGGAACAGACGUGGGCUUGCAGUCCACCUGGACUGACUUCACCUCACCGGCUCCGUCUUCAUUUUUGUCUGAUUAUGUAAAAGGAGUCGAUUUGCAUAAAGUGUUACAAAACACUGGUGAAUUGUCUAAAUCUUCUGUAUUGCCUGAACCACCCAACAGCAACCUUGGAGGUUUAAGUAAAGAUUUGCCAGAAAUUACAUUGGAAGAGACAAAAGCUAAACAAAAACGAAGAGCGGUCAGAUCCAGGACCGACUCAUCAUCUUCGUCUUCGGGUUAUGGAAGCGACCACAAAGGCCAGGUUUCUGGUUAUGUUGUUGUCUCGACUCUGCCUGAGAAACAGUCUGACAAUUACGCUAAUCUUGCUUUCACUUCGUCCGAGUCGGACACAGAUUCUGAUGAUGUUGCAACUAAAUCGCCAAAAUCAACCCAUCUUCGGGAUGGGCAUAAACUUGAUAGCCCUUCCCAAUCUCUAGGUGAAGAUGAAGAAAGUGGAGAAUGUGAUAAGUCCUUUGUUGAGUACAUCAGGAACGACAGCUUUGGGAUUGGAUUUGUGAAUGAUUACCCAAGUCAUUCAAAGGGCAAUGAUAAUCUUGGAUUUACAGGCUGCAGGACAACUCCAAGUUCAUCCUCGAAAGGACAGCACUCAUGUCUACCAGGACACCAGUCAAGAAGCAGCAAAGACAUUCCUGGAUAUGUUUCCCACAGUGCAGUUCUUGGAGAAGAAGCCAAAGGCAUCUCGACCAGGGCUGAAGGAUUAUCUACAGCAAAGACAUGUGAUAUCUAUCAAAUCCCCAACAGGGAAUCUCGCAAACUAGAAAGUACUGGGGCUGAAUUGGUUGAUGGGGAUGAUGAGUAUGUCCAGUUUGGUGGAGACUCUGGAUAUGUUCUUCAGGUAUUUGAUGAAAAUAGGACAAAAGAAGAAUACAUGCCCAUGUCUCCCAUUUCAAAAUCUCAAUGUGGUAUCCAAGAAGAUUGCUUAUAA